GUCUGGUAAAGGAAAUUCUUAAUCUCAAUAAAGAUUUUUCAAAAUAUACACGGCAAACUAUAAAAAGAGAAUCCUAGCGAUUCAGAUAAAUAAACAAAUAUCGUGCGGACCCUUAGAGAUUUUUCGGGAAACAAAAGCGAAUAUCUUCAUGGAAGAAAGGUGUUGAAAAUUUAUGAACUCAAAAUCGGCUCCCCAAAAUAUUACGGAAUUCUUUUAGCAAUCUGAACCAAAAUUACCGGAUAAGCGGACGCCGUACUAGAAUUAUAUAAUUCCCCUUUCCAAAGUUGAACGAACUCAAUGAUAGUAAAGAAUAGUUAGCCGAAACAGCUGCAGAAUCAGAGACGGUGCACUAUGGUCCAAAACCCCAAAUUUUUGACAUAAAUGAUAUUUUUUUUGUGAAAUAAUUUAUUUUUGUUUCAUUUUUUGGUUUCUAUAAUACUGAAAUGAUGUAUAAAAAUUUUGGAAAGAUUUUUUCGGAAUGCCCCUUAUCUUCUACGCGCUUUUAAAGUCAGCUGUUCAGUGUCGUUAUGUUUUGGCUAAAAAACGCGGGAAAAUUUUCAUAACUUGCAGCUAGUGAUUUAAUUAAAGCGAACAUUCAAAGCUAAAAGUGUCUUUAUGGAAAAUAAAGGUCAAGUGUGUUGUUCUAGGUUAUUCUAACAAAAGUACACGUGUUCUGUUAAAGUUUUCUUUUAAGUGCCUCCAAGUGCCUUGAAGGUGUUUAUGAGUUUUCUCAUGCAGCGCUCCUCGAAGUUUGGGAGGAGAGCAACCGGAAAGACGACGCUGUUAGAGGUUUUGUUAUAAAACGAAUAACAGAAAGCGACAGGAUUGACCUUUCUGAAGAGCAUAUGGGGGAAAUACUAAAUAAAGUUAAGUAUUUCAUUAACUAUGUUAAGAGAAACUUACCGAAAUGCAAUCGUAUGUUAGGGCGUUUUAAAUCAGUUCACUCACGAUGGCUUGGUUCAAAAAUGGUUAUACGCAUUGACAAGCAACCAGUCACUUUGAAAACUGGGAGAAAAAAGUCGAAUUAUGAAGAUGCAGGACGUCGCCUUAAAAGAAAAUUAGCAUCUGAGCUGGCUUCAGAAGAAGCUCAUUCAACUUCUCUCCUUUUACACGCUGCCUCAGUUUCAGAAAGCUAAAAGCAGUGAAGACAUAAAUGAUUUAAAAAAAAAACUUAAUAUGAAUGAGCCGAUUCCAAUAAGUCCUGAUAGUGCACUGGCAUUUUUUUAUUGAAAAUGGAUUUACAAAGAAGCAAUAUUUGAAUAUAGGAGCACUAAAUAAGCAACAAGGAUGUGAUAUUUUCCCUUCAUAUAAUCAAAUCGCCGAAUCCAAAUUGAAAUGCAGACCACUGGAAAUUAAAAUCUGUGAAACGAAAGCGGAAGUCUCAUUCCAAAAUUUGCUAGAUCAUACAGCUCACCGCAUGCUUGAAAUGCAACAGGAUGUUUUUGAUAUUUGGCCAGAUGCAACAGAAUGCACUUUAAUUGUGAGCUAUGUGUUCGAUGGGUCUACUGGACACAGGACAUAUAAGCAAAGAUUUCAAUUGAAUGAAUCAGUUGGCUUAGAUCAUUCGCUUUUUGUCACCACUGUUAUACCGUUAAAGCUAAUGGAUCAGCAUCAUCGGGUUAUUUGGAUUAAUAGGACUCCACAGUCAGUGAGAUUUUGUCGACCUUUGAAAAUUGAGUUCGUGAAGGAAAGUACUGCACUGAUUUUAAAAGAGAAAAAAAAUCUGGACGUGGAAAUAGAAAACCUAAACGUAUUAUCUUAUAGCUACAAAAGCAAUAUAAUAACUGUAAAAUACCAAACUCAUAUGACUUUAAUCGAUGGUAAGGUCUUAAACAUUGUAACCGGAACCAAUUCGUGCCAAUCAUGUCCGUUAUGUGGAGCAAAGCCUACUCAAUUGCUUAAAACAACUGAUUUUAACUCGCCGAUUUUUAAUGUGAAAUCAGAAAAUUUAAAAUAUGGAGUGAGUCCGCUACAUGCAUGGAUACGGUUUAUGGAGUUUCCUCUGCGAAUUUCCUAUAGAAUUGAAGUAAAGAAAUGGCACGUGAAAGGAGAUGAAAAGCUUAAAGUAUCCUUGCGUAGAAAAAGUAUUCAAGAGAAGUUGUGGAUUGAGCUUGGCCUUAAUGUAGAUACACCAAAACAAAAUGGAAGCUGUAAUAGCAAUGACGGAAAUACCGCAAGACGGACAUUCUCAACUAGUCUAAAAUUUUCGGCUAUCUUGGAUUUGGAUUUUAAACUCAUCUAUAAUUUUUAUAUUAUUUUAAUAGCUAUUUCUUCUGAGCAUAUUAUAACCCAUUUUAUUGUUCCAGUUGGUGUGCUUGGAGAAAAUGCAUCUGAAGCGCGAAACAAAUUAUACAAGAGCGAUCGAAAGUCUCAUGCCAGAAAAUGCAGCCGAUUAGCAAAUAUUGAAGACGUCUUUCAUUUCUCUCUACAAUUUGUUUGAAAGAAAGGGAAAAAAAAAUCUAAAAAGGUCCUUCCCAAAGAAGUCAUUGAUCUACUCGAUGUUCCUGAUCCAGAGCUAUAUAUGACCGGAAAGUCGGAUGGAGAAACAGACGAAGAAGAUUUUUUUUGUUUAGAUAAUAUUAUUUUGGAUUCAGAAAUUGAAAAUGAAAAUUAGUUUAAUAAAAAAUAAUGAUAAAAAUAUAUUUU